AUGUUUCCAAAACCAUUACUACUACCGUCUUCAGCACUAUUUAGAGCCAAAAUUGUGCCAACAACUAUAUACAAACAACCAUUCACCACAUCUUCCUUACGUCUAAUUCAAAACCCAUUCAAUGCCAAAUCAUUCAAGUCAAAUGAUUCCAAUGUAGACACGGAUGAGUUGGUUAGUGAAAACAAUCCAUGGUCACCAACGCUUGAAGAUGAUCCAAUAUAUGUACAAGAGAGACACAAGAUUUCUAAAACGAAGCUUCCAGAAUACUAUAGACUAUCAUAUAACCCAAUUUACGAAGCACCAGCCUCCAAAUAUGUUUCCAUAUUGAAAAGACUAACACUAAGUUUUGGUGUUGUUGGUUUGUACGGAUCUAAAUUGAUUUACGAGUCAGCACAAUUUGAUGAUUCAUUUGCAUAUACAUUGUUGGCUGGAACUGUGAUCCCCAUAAUACUAGUUCAAUGGAAGACUAAAGACUAUGUCACUAGGAUAUUCAGAUUGUAUAACAAAGAAGUGCCUCAAACAUUGGAUAAUUUGGUCAAAGAUGAGAACUUGAUUGUUGAAAAGUUGAAUUUCACAGGUGGAAAGACGUAUAACGAGUUGCUAAAGAUUACUGGCAACACAUCUUUGAUACUAUCGCCUGAGCCCAGAUUUUGGAAGCCGUAUGCUACUUGGGAAGAAAAGAAUAAUGAGGAUGGGUCAAAAAGAGAGUUUUACAUCGUUGAUGAUAUAGGUGGUAUCAAAAUGGAUCGAUUGUGGGGGAUUGUUGAAAAGAACAGUGGGGUGAACAAUGGACGAUCUUUUUUUUGA